AUGUUCAUCCCCUACAACCCCACCGAGAUGCAACCCGACAAAUCGCGUCGACCCGUCCACGCCCUGGUCGCCGCCCGUGCCGCCCAGCGCCGUCAACAGCACCAGUCUCCACGGUUCCAGCGUGCGUUGGGCACAUUCGUGGUAGACCCCGAAGACCCAGAGUCUAAAGAUGAUCCACACAAAGAUCGACGCCGCUGGGCCGUGCAGUGCAAGCCCGGCCGAACACUGCCGAGCCCGAGCCCUAUCGGCACGGGGCGAUUCUACCCGCUGGCGACCCCGGCCUCCAAGGGACCCUGCACCGCCCGCGCGCUCUCUUACUACUUCGACGUCCUCCUUCCGCACGACUCCCAAGUCCUCAGCCACGCCCCCGCCCAGCGCCAAACCUACGGCUCCGUCUUCCUGCACUGGUCCGCCCACCACGACAUCAUACUGCACGGCCUUGCCGUAUUCGCGUUGUGCAACCUGGAGUCCCAGUCCGAGGACCUCUCCCCGGCCUCCGCGAAGCUACACGCCGCAGCCCUCUACCACCGCGCGCGCCUCCUCACCGAGAUCCAACACACCCUCGCUACGGGCCACGUGACCGACCUCCUCAUCUCCGCCCUCACCCUCCUCAUCACGGUCGACGACUAUCUCGCCAACGUAGCCUACAGCCGCGCGCACACCGCCGGCUUCGAGGCGGUGAUCCGCGCCCGCGGCGGCGAAAGCCAGGUUGGCAGUUCCGUGCCGGCCAUCAGCCAGGACCUGCGGAUGGCGGCGAACGUCGCCCGGAGUCUGUUGGUGUUGCACAUGCAGACCUCCCUUUCCCCCGACGAGAAGGAGUCCCCUUCCCCCCCACGGGCAUAUCCUCCCACCUUGGACACCUACAUCCUGAACCAGACCCUCGAUAUCCCCAAGGGCUUCUCCACUUUAUUGAAGCAGGGCCGCAUCACCCCGGCCUCCCUCGAGAUCCUGGCGAGUUUCCACGACUGGCACGACCGAUAUCUGUUGGUCGACGACCCCAGCAACAUCCCCGUGUGGCGGCACAGCGCCUCGCACCCGUUGAAUCGGGUCGAGAAAUGCAUCUUCGUCGCCCUGCUGUGUCUCGCCGACGACGUCAGCCACAUGGGGCUCCACCCGGCCGCCGUCAUCUUCCGGCAGCCCAGAAAACGGGCGGAGAUGUUGUUGGCUGUUCCCCAACUGUGGACGGAUGAUGGGUUGAAGGAUUGUUUGGUCUGGUUGUGGAUGGUGAUCACCACUCCGAGGAAUCGGGGGUUGACGCCGGUAAGGGUGCAGCGCGGGUUGUGGGAACGCAUCCUAAGAGAGGUGAGGGGGGAUUUGCACACUUGGGGAAAGGUGGAGAGGGUGUUGAGGGGGUUUGUGUUUGAUGGGAGGAGGGCGGGGGUUUGGGAGGAGACUUUUGAGAGGUUGCGUGGGCUUUAG